UUGGGGGGGAUGGGGAGCGGGGGGGAGGGGCCUCGGCGGGCGCAGCGAAAAAAAAAAAAAAACCGACGCGGCGAGAAAAAUUAGUAUUUUUGCACUUCCCCAAAUUAAUGACCAUGAGCUCGUUUUUGAUAAACUCCAGCUACCUCGAGCCCAAGUUCCCUCCCUUCGAGGAGUUCGCGCCGCACGGCGGCCCGGGCGCUGGGGACGGCGGCUCGGCCGGGGGGCCCGGCUUCCCGCGGCCCCCGACGGCCCCGCACCUGCCCCCGGCCCGCCAGCCCCCUGCCUAUUACGCGCCGCGGGCGCGCGAGCCCGGCUACCCCGGGGGCCCGUACCCCGCGCCCGCCGCCGCCGCCGCCGCCUGUCCCUACGCCUGCCGCGGCGCCAGCCCCGCGCGGCCCGAGCCGGCCCCGGCCCCGCCGCCGCCCGCGCCCUCCCGGCGCUGCGCCCCCGGCCCCGCCGCCCCGGCUGUGGCCCCGGGGGGCGGUGCCCCCGCCUGCCCCCUGCUGCUGGCCGAGCCGGGCCCCGCGGGCCCCAAGGGCAAGGAGCCGGUGGUGUACCCCUGGAUGAAGAAGAUCCACGUGAGCGCCGUCAACCCCAGUUAUAACGGAGGGGAGCCCAAGCGCUCCCGAACCGCCUAUACCCGGCAGCAGGUCUUGGAGCUGGAGAAGGAGUUCCACUUCAACCGCUACCUGACCCGGCGGCGCCGCAUCGAGAUCGCCCACACGCUCUGCUUGUCCGAGCGCCAGGUCAAGAUCUGGUUUCAGAACCGGCGGAUGAAGUGGAAGAAAGACCACAAACUCCCUAACACCAAGAUGCGAUCUUCCAACCCCGCCUCGGCCCCUGCCGGCCCGCCUGGGAAAACACAAGCUCACAGCCCACACCCUCAUCCCCACCCUCUCCCCAGUUCCUCCGCGCCCAUUCCCUCCUCCAUGUGAUCCCCUGGAGACCUAAAGCAGUUCCUGUCACUUCCCUGCCCUCCUCAUCUCUUGCUCCUCUCCUCGUCCGCUCCUCCCCCAGUAAACCCUAACAGACACCAAAACAAAAUUCAACUCGGUGGAAACCAUAACCAAAAAGAAGACGUUAUGCCUAGUGUCUGUGUGUGGACCCCCAAAGGACACCUGUCCCGGAUACUGCUUCGUGGGACAACCUGCUGCCCGGGGUUGGAAACCUGCAAGGACUCACUUGCCAUCGGCUACCUUUGACUCAGCAGGACUGCACGUGCUCAACUGGGAACGCGGGCUUGUUCUCUUGGCUGCGAGGAGAAGCCCAGCAGUCUCCCAUCUUCCUCCCCUUCCUCUUCUGUGUCCAGGCAGCUCGCACGAGCUUUGCUUAGUAGACAUUUGUGGACCUCACCGAAUUAUUUAAUUCUCAAAGUGUGUAGAUCUUGAUGGUAGGUGCAUCAUGUAGCUUCCUCUCCUCACGUUUAUUAUAGAUAGCGUUAUAGAGGUGUUGUUGUCUGAUUCUGGGGCACAAUCUUACGGGAGAGAGAGAUGCGUUUAGACCCACUUUGCAACUGUGCAAAGUGAUAUGGCUGUAUAAAGAGGAAUGUGCUAAGAAUAAAAUUCAUUUAAAAGAACAUUAAAAA